CUUCCAAACAGAGGGCUAUCGUUUUGUUGCGCUUCCCAGAAGAAGAAAGAGUUGUUCCACUUGCGGCUUAGAUAAAGAUUCGACUUUUUAGUUUUUCCUCUUUCCUUCUUCUCGAUUUACUAGAAACCCUAGAGAACCGUCGGGAUCUGCCUUCGAUUUCUCAUCCCUGCUCUUCCCUGUUUCAGUUAUGGAAGCUUAGGCCUCUGCUAGUGUUGAUUGUAUCAUCCCCGAUUUGGGAUUUUAGCUCUGCCGAUUUACUUCGCCGGCGUUCAUUACUGUUCGUUGCUACUUGUUUCUGAUGGCUUCUUCUGAUCGUGGCUCUGGUGCUGCUAAGCCCUUUUGGAUGAAACACGCGGAAGACGCGAAAAUCAAGGACGACGGAGAGAAAGACGCCGCCGCGAAAGCAGCUUUCGAAGCAACAUUCAAAGGCGUCGAUCAAACUACGCCUCUGAUUGAAGCUGCUCCGUCUUCGGUACCUGAAUCCGCACCGGAAUCUGACAGCGAUUCGGAUGAUGAAUCUGAUUACUUAUCGAGGAAACCAAUCGGCCCUGUGGAUCCGAGCAAGUCCACGGCUUCUGGAGCUGGGAUCGGCGGAGGAACGGCCUGUGUGCCUUGUACAUUCGUGGUUGUAACAAAGGACUCCGAUGGAAGAAAAGUCCCCAACGGUGGAGCUUUGAUUAGGGUUAAAGUGUCUCCUGGUGUAGGCGUUGGUGGUACAGAUCAAGAAGGAGUGGUGAAAGAUGUUGGAGAUGGGAGUUACGCUGUUACCUACGUUGUGCCUAAGAGAGGAAACUAUAUGGUGAACAUUGAAUGCAAUGGGAAUUCGAUUAUGGGAAGUCCUUUCCCUGUCUUCUUUAGCCAAGGGUCUUCUUCUACUGGACUGAUUAGCUCUGCUCCAUCUUCAUACUCGAGCCUUAUCAAUCAAACGAUGCCUAACAUGCCGAACUACACCGGUUCGGUCUCCGGUGCUUUCCCGGGUCUGUUGGGGAUGGUUCCAGGGAUUGCACCUGGUCCUUCAGGUGGUGCGAUCUUGCCUGGAGUUGGAGCUUCACUUGGUGAAGUCUGCCGUGAGUAUCUUAAUGGUAGAUGCGCAAGCACUAUCUGCAAGUUGAAUCACCCUCCUCAGAAUUUGCUGAUGACUGCUAUAGCUGCAACAACGAGCAUGGGUAAUCUAAGCCAGGUCCCUAUGGCACCUUCCGCUGCAGCAAUGGCUGCUGCUCAGGCCAUUGUCGCCGCACAGGCUCUUCAAGCUCAUGCUUCUCAGAUGCAAGCACAGGCUCGAUCAAACAAAGGCUCUAUAGGUUCCUCGGAAAACAGAGUAGAGGGAGAGGCUUUGAAGAAGUUUCUCCAAGUUAGCAACCUGAGUCCACAGCUUACAAGUGAACAGCUCAGGCAGCUAUUUAGCUUCUGUGGCACAGUAGUUGACUGUAGUAUAACUGAUUCAAAGAACAUUGCUUAUAUAGAGUACUCAAAGCCCGAGGACGCAACCGCUGCUCUGAAAUUGAACAACAUGGAAGUCUGCGGUAGGCCCUUGAUUGUUGAGAUUGCGAAAUCGCUUCCUCAGAAACCAUCUUCCGAUAACUCUUCUUCGUCCUCAUUACCAAUGAUGAUGCAACAGGCCGUCGCGAUGCAGCAGAUGCAGUUCCAACAGGCUAUACUGAUGCAACAAGCCAUGGCUACUCAGCAGGCGGCGAAUAGAGCUGCCACCAUGAAGUCUGCCACCGAGCUCGCGGCAGCGAGAGCUGCUGAGAUAAGUAGGAAGCUGAGACCUGAUGGAGUUGGAAACGACGAAAAAGAAGCUGACCUGAAACCUAGGUCGCCAUCUAAAUCUCCUGCGAGGUCGAGAUCAAAGUCGAAAUCACCAAUUAGUUACAGGAGAAGGCGGAGAUCUCCGUCUUAUUCACCACCAUUUCGUCGCCCAAGAAGUCAUAGAUCAAGAUCACCGUUAAGAUAUCACCGGCGAUCAACUUAUGAAGGGAGAAGGCGGUCAUUUAGAGAUUCUAGGGAUAUAGCUGAAAGUAGAAGAUACGGUAGAUCAGAUGAACACCAUUCUUCCAGUUCAAGGAGAAGUAGGAGUGUAAGCCCCAAAAAGAGAAAAUCUCAGCAGGAUGAUUCAGAGCUGUCAAGACAUCGACGAGAUAGCUCAUCUCGUGGAGAUAAGAAAUCAUCUCGUGGUCGUUCACGAUCACCGAGGCGACGUCGGGAACAUAAAUCAACGGCAAGAGAUGAUGAUGAAGGAAGCAAACUCAAACGCAGAACACGUUCAAGAUCCAGAUCAGUGGAAGAUUCUGCGGAUAAGGAGGAUGAAGCUAGAGAUGAGGAAGUGAAACAUGACAAGAACCGGUCAAGGUCAAGAUCUCGUGAAGAACGAAAUAAAACCAGAGACGCAUCCAAGAGUUCUGAUGAUACUAAACGGAGACACAAAGGGAGGUCCAGGUCUAAAUCAUUGGAAAUCAACGAUGGCUCUCAUGAGGAUAUCGAUGUUGCUGAAGACAAUGACUAUAAUAUGAAGGAGGAGAGGAAGGGAAGGUCUAGGUCUAGAUCAGUGGAAACAAAACACAGGUCUUCUAGGAAAAAUGAGGUGGAUGAAGACGGAGGAUCACGUAGAAGGAGGUCAAAAUCAGUGGAAGGUAAUCGUAAGGAGACUCAGAGCAGGGACAAAAAGUCCAAGCGUCAUAGUGGAAGAAGAAGGUCGAGGUCAGUAUCGUCCGAGGGUAAGCGUAGGAGAGAUAUAAGGACAUCCCCCGAUGAAAGGAGAUCAAGACAUAAGCAACACUCGAGGUCGAGAUCGGUGGAGAAGAAGAAGAAGAGUUCAAGAGAGAAAAUAUCAAAAGGUCAUGAAAGACUGAGAUCAUCUUCUCCUGGAGACGACAAAAGACGAGGCGAUACUGUAAGUUCAGAAUGAUCAAGCUGUUUAAAUUGCAGAACCUCACUUCUGCCUUUUGGAGUUUUGUCAAUGCCCACUUUCGAUAAACUGUUGAAAAUUUUAUCAAAAAUUGUUUCUGCUUCGCUUCCAUCUUUUGCCAAGAUUAACGGUAGAAUUUUGUAAUGGUUUCUUUCAGGAAGACAAUCUUCAAUUUGAUUUUCAAGACAAACGGUAUAAUUUAUGCUUCUCUAAUUCUUGAUGAAAAUAUGCAUUUUGGUUAAACAUUUAAAUUCAGUGUGUAAGUGUUGGUAUAUAUUUGAAUCUUUAACAAUAAUACUGUCACCAAAUAUACAACAAAAGUCCC